AUGGCGGCGGCCACUGCUCGGCCGCCAAUUCCCGUCGUUAAUAACGUUAUGACAGACGAAGACUUAGACAAUUUGCGGACGGAUGGAAAGGUAAGAACCAUUUUUAUGUUAAGGUGUUAUUAUAAUCGAAAAAAUUAAGAGAUGAUUUGUUGUUUUUGCAGCAUUCCGGUAAGCUCGUACCAGUCAGUGUGGUCAAAACACACAAACUUCUUACCGACAAACAUUCGGUAAGUUUGAACACGAUCAGUGUUUUUAAGUCCUUGUAAUUGCACAUUUAUCUUUUGCAGUUUCAAACUGACUUUUAGCUGUUCAAUUAACAACGUCAAGUGUACAACGUGUUGUCCAAGCUGCGAGCAAAGUCUUUCAGUACAAGUCUUGUCAAAUUUCGUUUUUUGAUGAACAUUUUCCAAAAAACUCUGUUGUAUAGUUUGCGAUAAUAGUAUGGUGUAUUCCCUCUUUUCCUCUUAAAAAAUUAUGUUGAUUCUUAACGACAUUUUAUUAUGACGUAAAUUUUUCUUUAAACAGAAUGAACUUGUGGAUCGACAUGUACGAGCCGUUCACAGAUUAACCAAGUACUUUUGUCAUGGAUUUGUAUCCUUUAACCCAAUAAAUUGUUACGUUUUAUUCCUAAUUAAGCCACGAGGGUUUCAGUUUACCCUUAUAUACAUGUUUCAGUCUGUCCCAGUAAUUUAGUAUGGUCAAACCUCUGUAAUAAGCGGCCAUUCCUUUGGAGUUCCCAGCUUUCAAUCCCUACUCCAGUCUGCAGAGUAUGGCAGAACUCGACGAGAUCUCGUGCAUGCAGAGCCAAUUUUAGCUGCGUGCACCGUGUGCAAUACGACUUGUUAUACCAGAAUACGUGUGCAUGCCCAUAUAGAGAGGCUAUUAGUAUUAGAAGGGUCCGAGUUUUAGGCGCCUUUCCCAGUUGUUUUAGAUGACCUAAAUAUCAAAUUUUCCCGGGGGAGAAUGCCCCUGGACCUCCCUAGUAUGUUCAUGCUUCACCAUUCAGUUCACUCAAAAGAAGGGCUACAAAGAAGAUUACAGACAAACUGCCAGUCCAUUCAUUCGUAUAUAACCUCACCAUUCUCAUGAGAAAGCAAAAGUGUAAGCAAGGGAUGUGGAAAUGAUGUGGAAGAACUGAGAGGUUAUGAUAGAUUUGGCAAAAAAUAUCAUGGCUAUGCCCUUGUAAGUCAGGUGCAAAUGUCUUAGGCCCAAUGCUGCCACGUUCAAUGCUUAGUAUGAUUUUGGUGUAUGCAAUAAGCUUUUAAAAAAGGCUUGUGUGUGCACUUGCCAUACUCUGCAUACAGGCCCCUACUAUAGCUGGAUUUGUUUCCCAGUAGUCCUAAGUUCAAUUCCUCAGUCAUGCUAAUAAAUAGCUAGCUCAUGAAUCCAGGCAUAUUUCCAACUGUCCCCUCUUUCUGCUUGAAAAGUAAUGCCCAUUUCAGAUGCUGUACUUCACAUGACCCUAUCAAAUUUAAUGAAUUAAGUCAUGAUUGUGAAUUACAGCUUCUGAAUCAGUUCAGAAUGGUUAAUUUAAUUUGGAUUGGCUAACAGCCAACUGUGCCUGUGGACCAGCAUUGAUUCCAAUACUGAACUUCAUAUGAGCUCAACCAAAUACAUAAAUUUUGUAAUGUAUUUGACCAAAAUGUGCAUUUUUCUUCUUUCCAUGUUGUGUUGUUGUAUGAUUGAGGUGCAGCCUUAAUCACUUUGUGGAUAUUCACCAAUAUGAAGAAUGCACAUACAUGUACACAUGUCACAUGUUAACUGAAACCACUAUGGUCCUAUAAUUUAGUUUUUCCUCAAACAAAAAGUAUUAAAUUUUAUAAAGUAUAUACCUUGACACAAUCUAAAACAGCUAAUGAAAGAUGUUGACUUGGUGUGUGAUAUGAUCACAGUUUGCAGGGAAAGGUUAGAGGGUAACCGGCAAUAUGAGAGCCCUUUGUGUGACUUGAUAAAAGUUUGUGGGUAAGUAGUAUUCUUUUCAAGGUACAGUGAUACUUGCAGUAAACAUAAGGAAGAAGUUUGGUAAUGCAUAGAAACACAUCAAGGAUAGAAAUCUACAAAUCUAAGUACUGUUUGCAUAUUCUACACACACAUACAGAAAUACUUGUGAAACAAAAUUUACUUUUGCACUGUUAUCUGUGUUGAUUAAGUCAAUCUGUACCUUUUAAGCAAAGGCUACAUUUUCCCUGUGUGAGCUAGCAUGCGAAAAGUAGCCUCUGCUGACAACUGUUCAAUUUUCUAUUGUGCAUGUGCAAAAUUUGUCACGCAAUUCGUAAGCAAAAUUAAUAGUCAGGUCUGUUGUCAAAUGGCGAGUUUUGCAGGAAUAAAAAAAUUGUGUCAGCUCUGACCUGUGACAUAAGACUCAUGCAAGAUUCACGCAAUGACUUAAACUGGCCAACAACAGGAAAAAAACCCGUUUUUUAAAUUUAUUCAUCCAGAUUUCUGGACGGAUUUGAACGGUUUUUGGCAGAGGCUACUUUUCGCAUGACAGCUCACACAGCAAAAAUGUAGCCUCUGCUCGCAGGGUAAUCAAUCUGUCACCAUAAAAAUAUUAUAGUAAUAAUAAUAAUAAAAGAUCAAAAGCUUUUUCAAAAAUUUUUAUUAUAAAUUAUUAUCAGUUAUCUACUUUUAUCUGCUUGGCCCUACAAUUGCUUUAAUAUGGAAUCCCUUUAUUUUAUUUUUAUUUUAUUGUAAUGAAUGAUUAUGAAUAAUUAGUGUCUAAAACAAUGUUACAAAAGAAAUACCAUUUACAUUUUUUUUUUAAAUGAGACACAUGCAUAUAUGUACAUAAUAAAAUUUCAUCGUUAAUAUAUAGUUAUUGUUUGUAUUAGUAGAAAGCUACAAUAAUCAAUAUCUACUCUUCUGCUUAAUUUUAAAGGAAGCCAUUUUUAAAAGAAAAGACUUCAGAUGAUGCCACUUAUGCUGAGUCAAUUAUAAACCUUCUCACUGAGUUAGGUAAGAGUUCACAAUUUUGAUAAACAAUUUGGUCCAAAAAAUAAAAAUUUCUCAAAAAUGCCUGCUAGUGUUUGUAAAACAACUCCGGCAGGUUACCUUCUAUUACAGAACCCUGCUUGAAAUUAAGGAGUUUCAAAUCUGGUGUCUUAAAAGAACCAAGAAUCUCCUUUAGAUAUUUUUCAAGAGGACAGUAAAAUGUACCUGUCCUUAACGAUUCAUGACCUAGCUUAGCUAGGGUGACGAUCAAAAAGUGACAUUAUUUCAUAUUGAUAGAAAUGAUGGUUGAAUACAUUUUGUACAUUUAGUUCUCAAUACAAAGUACCUUAUUUUGCACCUCACUUAACAGGACACACCAUGAAGAUACAGAAUGUUGCUGUCCAGCUGCAGUUAGGAGAAUCCUUGAUACAAUUUUACACUGAACAUUCAUUGGAAAGGCAGUAUUUUGAAGGUAGGUAUACGUUUAUAUAUUGGGAUCGUUGUCUACAUGUACAUGGCAAUUUUUUAAUAUUUGGACUUUUAGCUCAAAAAUAUUGUGUAAGAAUUUCUAACAGUACAUGCAGUGUACUAGCUCUAGCACUUGGUGGGUGAAGUAAUAGGGAACUUUAGCUCAGCGAUGACAGGGACUGCAGCAAGAAUGUCAAAAAGUAAUAGGUUUGAUUAGCAAAACAACAACUUUGUACAUGCAGCACACUUUUUUGUACAUUUCUUUCCUGUCACUGUACGACUAUGGCCUGAAAAUUCCUAACUUCCCCUCUUCAUGGAGGACGUAAACAAGCGUCAAAGAAUUUUUCUUUCUCUUUCAAAACUUAAGUGUGGUCCUUAAGAAAUCAACUCCAGGGAAAUUCACCUACAUUUGACAUUUUAAGCGAACUGGAAGCUACUGUUGCCAUUAUCGAUGCUAAAACUCCCCAGUAUGAAGCAAAAAGUAUUUUUUAUAGUGUGUAUCAAGUUCCAUGGUUGUUUUCUGGAAAGUACAAAUUAUUAUGAUGGCUUGUUUAAUAGGGUAAUUAAAAAAAAUUCCGACAAGCGACAUAUGGCCUUGAAAUAGCAACAUACAGUGUAGGAUAGAAGAAAUGGUGACAAACAACACAAAGAUGGGUUGAAUUUGACAGCGACAGAGAAAAAUGCAAAUACAAUAGUAAAAUUAACCGACAGCAACAUGGGGUUAACCUCCUCUAUACGCAAAAUGACAAGUUUUCUAAUUCAGACUAGGGAGAUACAUAACUCCCCCAAAAGGGCCUGACUUAAUUGUAAAUGUCUGCAGGUUAACUAUUUAUGGUAUACCAAUGUGGAUACAUGCGCUUUUAUCUCUCUUUACAGGCUACCAAGCCUCAAACUCCUCUUACAAUAUAAGUUUGGUGGAAAAAAGCGGUGUUGCAAGAGCAGUUGUUGAGGUCAGUUGUUGAAGUUUCUGUUGAUUUUUUAAUCUUACCACAUUAUCCAAACCUUUAGUCACGGUACUGAUAGUGAAUCCUUUCGGCAUAAUCGUGAUGUCUGAGACAUAACAGUCAUUUUGUUUCCCAUCAUUGUGUACAGUUUAUACAAAAUGUAGAUGUGUAUUUAUAUUAAAGACUUUUAUUUUGUUUUGUGGUUUUUGUUGUUUUUUUUCAUUUUAGAGUCUAGAACAGGUUGAAGAUCUGAGUGUACGACUGGAAAUUAUGAAAGUUCUUCAGUGUUAUUCAACAUCAGGUACAAUUCUGAGUCAUGUUACAGGUGUAGGUUUCUUGGUCCUUCUUAAAUGAAAAGGAACAUGCCAUUACAUUAAAGUUUGUAAAAAUUGUUGCAGGUAUCAGGGGAGGAUAUUAGUUUGAAUAGUUUAUCAUGGUGAUUAAUUCACAUACAAAUUUGCCUUGUAAAUUUGAACACUUAUAAAACAUUCAAUGUUUUUUUGUCUGCUGUUAAGUUAUUGCUGUUAUUAUUAAGUGAAUUGAACGCCUAAAAAAUAUAAAACAUUCAUAGACAAUCAGGAAUAUUUUUGAUUGAGCUCAAAAUACUCUAUUUUUCUUUGAAUAAAGCAAUUUAGAGUGCAAUGUAUUUUUUCUAUAUGUACAGGAUGGUAUCUUAUUUUGAUGAUUGUAUAUUGAACAUAUUAUCUAAUAUUUAUUAGUAUAUUUUUGUAUACUCAAUCAGAAAAAUUAGUAAUGGAUUAUAUGUGUCACAUUUGGCUCAGUAUAUUUGUCAUAAAAGAAACAUAGUAUUUGAAAAUAAAAUUGCAUGUUCUUUAUUUGUGUUUGCAGCUCUAAACUGUGAUGACAUGUUGUCAGUUGGUGCCGCAGGUUUGUUGUGCAGUGGCAUGAACAUUCCAGACCCCUCUGACAGGUGAUUUUUUAUCAUGAGAAAAAAGAUGCAAUGUUUGUCAAUACACAUACACGGAAGGAAUCUUAUGAAUCCCAGAAUCAACCCUGAAAAGUAUUAUUUUAAUGUCUGAAGUUUAUCAGGCUAAUACUUCUUCCUUGUUUUUGUAAAGAGGGUAAAUAGGCAGGAAUCCUUUGUACUUACGACCAACAUUGUUUCACAGAUCAGACUAUGCUCUGUAACUGUACUCAGACUGUGCACUGUUUAGGCACACCUUUGAGAGAAUGCAGCAUUUGCUUAAAUUUCCUAACAAUCUUAUGACAAUAGCAAUGGCAAAGUCUAGAUUUUAACCAGUCACAUUUCCUUUUUAGGGAAACUUACAGUUAUUUCAGUGAUGUUUACUGAACUUUAGUGCUUGAAGAGAAAAAGUGUCUAGAACAAUAAUUGUGUCUGCUGAGUUUGAUAAACCAACUGAAAUUAGAAUUGAGUAAAAAAGAAUUGUUUGUUGCAAAAUUAAAUGAUAGUAAUAAGUCGAGGGACAGCUGUAUGCAGAUACUAUAGUCCUUUUUUGGCCAUUAUAUUUUCUGCCUUAAGUUUUUGGUACAUGUACUGUACUUCAAUGGAACAUUUAUUAGUCCCUCGUGCUCUGAUUGUUUUGGUUUUUGAUCAACAGCCUUGCUUUUAGAACUGUGGAGAUUCUCUGGAAUUUGUUAGAAUUUGGCUCUAAACAGGAGGUAAGAAUACAUUAUUUUAAUGGGAAAAGUUAUGUUUAUCUUUGCAAGGUGAGAGAAGCUAGGAAUUCCUCACAUAAGCACAGAAUAACAGGCUACAAGUGGGCUCUUGGAGACUGAAAUUAAAAAGAGAUAUACUUAUAUUUUUGUACUGUGUAAGUGCAUUAUGGUAAUUCAUUUUUUGAAACACCUUGUCUUAUUCUCUGUCAGGUUGCUAAUCAACUGAACUGUAAAGAGUGUAUCAGGUUUGUUACUCAUUGACAAAUAAUUAUCAGGUCAGUCACACUUUAGGAAUUUAUCCACAGACUUAAAAGUUAGAAUCACCUUGUACAGCAUAAACAAUACCAUGGGAAACUGCUGCUCUGUAGCUUUUGUUUGAAGGGUCACACAGAUUCAUUUUUUGUCUCUACUCAUAUAUGUUUGAAGUUUUAUUCAAAUGUUUUUGAGUCUUUUCAACAACAUUUUCUCACCAGAUGCCUUUUUUUCCAAAUCAGAGAUGGUUUCAGUUUUGUUGACAGACAAUAUGUUUGAGGUUUUAAUACAAAUGUAGUUUAGACUAUUCCAUUCAUUAAAAGAUGCCAAUAUGUCAAACAAAUCUUCUAUGGUUACAAUUAUGCAAGCACAGUGGCGGGUCUAGGGGAGGGGCCCACCCACCCCUUUAUGUUUAGACCAAACUGAGGCCCGAUGUCUCCACAUCUUUUUGAAUGGUUUAUCUCAGGAUCUGGAUGACUGGCCCCUCCCACCUUAUUUGAAGAUCUGGAUCCGCCACUGAAGCAUGUAAGAAGGUCUGACUUCAGGUAGUAACGGCACCUUCAUGGUCAAUUGCCAUUGGUUAUUUGUUGACCUCAUUUCUGCACUCAUGAAGACAAAGCCAGGUUUAACUGCCUCAUCUGAAGUUUCUGACAGCUAACAUUUAGCAGUAUUUGACCCUUUUACUACUGAGAUGACCAAAGCAAAAGUGCAAGAAAUAUUCCAAUUUUUUUUUAUGAAUGAUUAACGAACCAAUAACAUCAUGAAAAGAACACCACUGAAGAGGUUUCAUUUGAAUGGUCAUACCUUAGGAUUUUGUCUGUAGACUCGAAAGUUAGUACCACUUACUAAAUAAAUAGUACUAUAUGAAAGUACUGCUUAGUAGUUUUAUUUCUUAAUCAUGAAAUGGUCAAACUUUAGGGCGUCACGUGCAGACUAAAAAUUGAAAAUAAAUACCUCAACCUAACUAUAGUUGUAACAGUCAUCAUCAAUAAAUGGUCAUUAUAUGUGAGAUCUGUUUGUUUUGUUUGCAGAAACGAUCUGUUAGUAAUUUCAUCACUGGUUGUGUCACUUUGUCCAACGUCUCCAUUUUUGGUAGGUUGAUUAACUGCAUUGGCAGCAGUUGAAAGCUAAAUAUUAGGGAGUUAAAGCAACCAUGUCUUUGAGCCACGCACGUCAACUGGAAGUGGAGUUUUUGCACUCUUAGUCUGUGAUUUUGAACAAAUUCGUGGACAAACGGUCUCAUAAAGAGUAAAGACCCUUAGCAAUACAAUUUUGGUGACAUCCAGGCAUAUUAAAAAGAAAAAAGACUCACUUCCGCUUGACGUACGUUGCUCAAAAACAUCACUGCUUAAACUCCCUAUUGCUACUAAAUGGGAACAGCUCUUAUUCAGUUCAUGUGACUUCGUUAUAAUUCUUAUUGUCAAAACGUCUUUGUAAUUAUUAUUUGAUAUGGCUACAAGAUAGAGGACUGUGCUCUCGCAAUACCCAGUCUCCCCCUGGUAACUUAAAUAUUUUGCCUCUGGGUAACAAAAAGGUGCAGUCUUUUCUGCUCUUUUGGGUUCCUGCAAUUUUGUUAGAGUUCAGCCUUCCUUCAGUUCAUUAGCUACUCACGAUAUCCACAUGUACUUUCUGAGCUUACAGGAACAUAAUAAUAACGAUUGAGUGUAUCAAUUUAAAAGCCUUGGAGUUUUAUGGUUUAUGAGAUCUCAACGUACACUAGGCCAUCCAAACUUUGUACCAAAUUCGUCCAGUUCAAAGCCUGAUGUUUCCUCUUUGCUUUGUAAUAUAUCCCAUCCUUAAUGUUUUAAACUCUGAUUGUUGCAUCACAUGUAAAAUCGCUUGGCUCAAUAAGGACAUUUUUAUUGUUUUUCAGGAAACUGGGUUUACAAAGGAGAUAGUUUUGCUGGCGACUUUCACAGAGGGUAAUAAUUUUAAUAUGCACGUAGGGUUCUAGCUAGGAUUUAUCGUUUUGAAGAGAAGUUCCGAGUGGCCGAUAUCUUCCUAGUGGGAUCCAGGGGCAUGCCCCCCGGACAUUUUUUGAAAUGAAUAUGCGCUGAGAUGCAAUCUGGUGCAUUUUGAGACACAAUCUUGAGAAAUAUUACAGUGUGCACUGACCUCGUGGCAUCUGGAUAAUUUUCCGAUAUAGUUACUUAUAUACUGUAAUGAUAACAAUCUUUUUGGGAGGAAGCUGGGCAUUUCGGGGGGAAGCUUUUACCUCUCAAAUACCCUACAUACCCACUGUAGAAACCGGGCACGUGCACAUUAUGAGUGACUUCAUUCACAGGAGAAAAAAAUCUUCUCUUAAAGCUUAAUCAAAAGUGCUGCAAGAAAGUUCUUCUUAGAUAACACUAAUAUAAAUUUUACAGAUUUGACAGCAUACUUAGUUUAAAGGUGUAAAUGACUUGUAAGUACAUUCCUUUACUUUUGAAAGAACUGGCCGAGAUUUCAGUGAUGUCAUCAAAAUGAAUGUAGCCGAAAGGAAAAUUGUCUCAAGCGUCUUGACAAACCACUUUUUCAGUUUUUUGUUCUUCAUCCAGUUUGUCUGGAAGGAAAAUCUUGACACAGGAUGUUUUUGAUGCAUUUUAUAAAUCUUUGUUUUUAUACUUGUCUGUUUCUUCCAGUUAAAAGCCAUCAUGAACUGGUUAGAAGUCUGAAACUAGACCAGGUGAUGAAAUUGACUGAAUCUGAUUAUUUUUCGUUUCUCUUAGUUCACUGUAUCUCUGAAAAUACUGCACCGCUUGUAAUAUAAAAUGUUUAUUUCAAACUUCAGUCAGAAUAGGAGUGCUUAUUUAAUUCAGGGCGUUGUCGGGGCUAUCAGAAACGUUAAUUUGGCAGGAAAUGUGGUAGCGGAAGAAAGAGAUCGUGGACUAUUAACAAAGAAUUAAUGGUGGUGUAGUAAAAGUUUAAUUUGUAUCUGAGAAAGCGAAGGGAGAUAAGAGGGCGCCUAUUCAAAACGUGGGGGCACUAACCAUUUGUUUGGGGAAGACGCUUAUAUAUAGAGUAUGGUUUGUUAUUCAAGGCAUUGUGGUACUAUGGAGUUUCCAUAUUAGUCAAUGUAGGAAAAAACAAUUUUUGAAGCGAUAGACCAUUUUCUGAGAGGUUAUUCCUGGUUUCUGAUGUACGAAAAAAUUAUCCAUCAGUGCGGUAUUUACAGUCCCCUAAAUCAAACCGACAUUAUUACCUCGUCUUUAGUCAGGAGUGCUAGAAUAUUGGCAUUCAGUCUUUCUGAACUUUUUGUAGUAACACAUAUUCCCUUGAACAGCUGCCUGUUAUUGAAGAUGGUUGUGUUAAGUUUUCUGCUAAUCAUGAACACACCAGGCUGUUGGAAUUUAAAUUAACUGGGGAUUUGCAGUCAUAAAUAUCUAAGUACAUGUAUGGUGUUUUUUUUUUCUUUCUGGUAGAGUCAUGAGGAUUUUGAAUUCAAGAAACUACUGAUGAACGCUUUAGUGUUAUUGAGCUCAGAUUCAGCUAGCUUUCAGGUACAUCAGCUUCACUUGAUGCAUGGACGAUAACACGAUAUGAAACUCUACAGUGUUUCGUUUUUCAUGACCCUUUUUUGUGACUCCGCAAACAGACGAGUUAGUUACUGAGGCAUUGAUCCUAGCCUUGUAUCUAAAGCAUGAAAGCGUCAUGGCUGGUUCCGUUUAUGCGUACAUUUUAGGGCCACUUAUAUACGAAGGGAAAAUGAGAUGCGUCUUAUACAUGAGUCACUUUCUCAAAUACCAUUUAUGCGAGCACAGAAUGCAAAAUUAUCAGCUCCUUUUUUUUCUUUCAUUUUUAUAGAUUUUUUCAGAGAACAGAGUCAUUCUUUCACUGUUCUCGUUUGUGAGAGCAAACGAUAGUUCUUCAGCGGUCGAAUGGUCUCCCGCACAGUUUGAAGAACUGCAGCUGCAGGUAAACAUUUCCUUACACCCAGAUAUUACAAUAAACUUUUGUAAAUAUUGCGUUUUAAAAAGGCUCAAGAAUAGUUUCGAGAUUGUGCGGUUUUGUAUUGUUACACAUUUAUUCUUCACCAUUUACAAGAAGAAACACUCGGAACGGACGAGAACGGUUUUAAUAGUGGCAAGGUUAAAUUCUCACUUACAGCGGAAUAAGACCUGACCAAGAGAUGAUAAAGGGGACAGAGAAGGCAUCCCCCAUACACACCCUAUUUCAUAGGUAAUUCGUCGCGAGUUAUUUUUAGAAUCGGGAUAAAGUUACCUCGCGCGUUGCGUGGAUGUUUCGUGGAGGUUUCGCGUGACUAAACGCCGUGCAAAACAUGUCGGGCGAAAGGCAAUGAAAGCGUAAAGAGAUCGAGAGCAUUUCUGAAUAUUGACGCGAAAUGAGUCGGCGCUCAGCUGGGAAAAGGGAAUCGCUAGACUCUUUGACAACCCGUGAAAUCAGUUUAACUCGAAGUUGUCGUAACCUCAGCGCUUUAAUAAAAAGAGAAAUUUCGCCGGUCUAUUGAAACCGGUCGUUUGUACAAUAAAGCAAGUAGGACGCCAAGUGUUAUUUUUGUUGAAUAAAAAAAGACUAAUUGCUCUCUUCAAACUGUAAAUUAUAAAUGAUCCUGAGAGAAUAUUCAGUAUGUUAAGGAUUUCCCUGCUACACUGUUAGCUCACAAGAGAGGAAGGGCGAUUCUUUUUUAAUUUCCGUUUCGCUGACACAGCUUUAGCAGAAAUCUCUCUGUAGUCGUUUUCGUCGACAAAACUAAUAGCAAUAUCGCUUUCCGCGUCUUCCGCCAUUUUGUUCUGCGUCAAUUCGUGAAGGAUGCGUGGCUAUGAGCGUGGGUCAUCGACGCGGGACACAUUGGCGCUAUGUGAUUGGCUGUUGUCUAAUCCCCCUUGGGAUCUGUGGUCUUAAAAAUAACUCGAGUUGAAUUACCUAUGGAAUAGGGUGUGUAUGGGGGAUGCCUUCUCUGUCCCGUUUAUCCUCUCUUGGACCUGACAUAUAAAUUAUGCUCAGUUUGAAAAGUAACAGAUUUUUAGGAGAACCUAGCUUGGCUAUAAAUUAGUUUAGAAAUCUCCCGCUGCUUUCGGUUAAAAAUGGAAAGGAUUGUCAACUUUUAUUGAAAAGCUUGUAACCGGAAAGAGCUCCUCAGUGGAGUUAUCAGCGACAUUUUGACAAUUGGUGAACGCUUGUUGUAUUUGCCAAAAAUAUCUCGCUAGACCGAUUAAAACGCCUCCAAAACCAAGUCAAUAUUUCACAUGAACGCACUGAUUUUCCCACCCUUGACGCUGACUACGUGUACUUUGGCCGUGUUCUGAUUGGCUUAUUUGGAUGUAAUAAAGUGAAAGGGUAAACAGAACGGCGAACAAGGCAGCACAAUCUUUCACUUGUACCCCUUCGUUUUUCCUGCGUUUGGCGCUAACUACAUGUAGUUUCGUCGUCCUCUGGUUAUUUAUUUGGCUAAUAUGAUGUGAUUGACGAAAGCAAUGGCCUGGUGUUAAAGUCAUUAAAUAAAGGCCAAAAUUUCCGGUUUGGUGUAGUUUUUACUACCAUGGCUGAUGUUUGUCUUCAGGCUCUUGAUACACUCAGUGCUGUGGCUCCACUUUGUUUGGAUGAUUACAUGACUUGUCAGAGUAACACAAGGUUACUGAUGCUUUUAGAGUGGUGUGUUGGACAAGGUAAACUGAGCACCAUUAUUCUCCAGUUGUAAUAUUUGCCUGGUAAACACCACAGAUUAUACUUCACCAGUAUCAACCAAAGAAUGUACUCAUGACUUAGCACAGAGAUAUUCCCCACAUCAAAAAACUCUAGAGCGAGAGGAGACAAGCUCUGGGUGCGGCGAUUUCUGGGAUAGUAUCGAUGGACAAGCGUUAGUUAUGACUGGUCCAUGGUAUUCAAGGCAACCAUUAACCAAUCAUGAGUAACGCUUGUCCACCAAAACGACCUCAGAAAUCGUUGUGCCUAGAACUUGUACCCAUCCCCCUUAUAGUUUCUGGAAUGGGGAAUACUACGCUCGUUUCAUUUGAAAAAAAAUACGGUCUUUUAACGAACUUCACCCAUAGACCUGAAGACUAAUUUACUUAACAUCAUCAUACUUUAACUGGGAUCAAGAUAUUAGUGAAAAUCCCUUUAAAUGUCUGAGUAGGAGACUUCUGUUAAGCUAGUGUAGUCGUAGACGCAUAAUUCCUUUAUAAUUUUUCGUUUUUCCCUUACUCGUAGCUGACUAUGGUGGCCAUGGCAACAGUUUUCAUGGUAGCGGUGGUCGAGGCAACAAGCGUUCUCAGAUGCGGUUUUGUCUGCGGCUCAUUAGAAGCAUGGUAUCUGUGGGUGAUGAUGCCUUGAAUCAGGACCUUGUUGAUCAGGGAGCAAUCGGUCAACUUGUUGGUAAGUUUCUGUUUUACUCAGGUAAGAUAUUUAAUAGCUUACAAGAUAACUUGGGCAUCAUAGCACUUUGUGAAAUGAAUCGGGGAAACUCCCCUUUCCGAAAAGGGGGACGGAAUUCUCUGGGUUACAAAACCUGUUGUUGUGUUGUAUUGUAUUGUGGUUUAGAUAUUGAUACUGUCUUUUGAGUCCGUUGUAUCACAGUACGUCAUUUGUUGAUGUCAGUCGCCAUCCUCGACACCAAUGGAUUGGUGCACACUUUCCAUGAUCAUAGUGAAAAGUCAGGGGGAAUCCCAUUCUUUUUCAUAAUCAAGGAAUUUUGAAAACGUAACGGGAAAUCUUAGUCGUGGGCAGAGUCAUUAAAAAGUCAGGAAAUCUUUUGUUCAUGUCGCCAUAUUUUAGAUUCGUGAAGCCCAAAGAAAAAACAAACAAACAAACAACAAAGCAACAACAAUUGAAAGUCCUGAAAAGUGAAUAGUCCAACCUAUAUAAUUUAAGCGAUUGAAAAUGAAGACAUGAGUGUUGACGGUCUGGAAAAGAAUCUGAUGAAAACUGAACGUCAAAUCAAGGUCGGUGAAAAUUGUUUGGAUGUCAGGGAACUUUUUUAUAAACAUGCACUUUUUGCGCUUGCGAAGCGUAAUGUCUUAACAAAUCCGUGUUUGUCUAUCUGUGUAGGGAUUCUUCUAAACGCCAGCACGAGCCCUGAUGAGAAUGAUAGCAUUGAUGUUGAACUGCAGUGUGAUAUGCUGUUUAUUGUGUCUUCCCUGUGUGAAGUAGACACGCACAGAAAGGUAAGAGGAAGCUUGCAGUAAUAGAUAAAGUUGUUGUAAAUACAUGUGCGGAAAGGACUGAACUCAACUUCCGGCGCUUAAUUUUCCACUUUGUUAUUGGUUAAUUCAGUUUCCAGAUCUGCGGGCGCCAUUGUCACUUACGUCUCUUUUGUCUUUGCUAAAUCCGCCUACUGUUAGUGCAACUCCUCAUACGACUUGGUAAAGCCCACGCUUUAAAGACCUACCUACCCAAUGCCAGCUAGCAAUUGUAUCAUAUAUUGAUUGGCUUCAUUUCAUUUUUUUGUAGUUCUAACUGAACACCUCUCUGGGUACAGCCCUUUCAUAUGUCUUACCCCGUUGACUUUUCUCUAUCAUGUUCCGAGGGGAAGGGGGCUACUUCCUAUAAUCGCCUGUUCAGAGGCCCCGCGCGAUGGGGGUACCCCAAGAGCAAGGAAAUCUCUCAUUUCGGUCUGUAAAAACACCCAAAAGAGUCAAGUUCUGUCAAGAAUGGUACAUUAACGGGUAAAGGGCUGGACUUGGGGCGGACCCUACUCGUAUAAAACUUCGUUUAGUACCCCGGAAUCAUGUUGCCGUGCACAUCAUUUCUCUUGCAUGUGCACAGUAUGGAAGGUAGAUCAGUUCCGUUAUUCAUUUAUUCGUUACACCUUAGGGAGUAUAUCUGUUUUUCAAGGCAUGCAUUACUAGCUAGCAGCAUAAAUUUGGGGCUGACAGUUUAGUCCAGUCAGCGAAUCAAGAGUGAGUGCACGUUUGUUCUUCGGCGGAUUUCAAAUUACUGUAUUUUGCGAUUAUCCUGCUUUUCUACCACGGGGAAUGUUUGUAAGUUUUCUUAGCUGAGCUUUCCUCUAUCUUUCGAGUCUUCUUACCGUUUGUUAUACUUUUGUGAAACUUAAUUAUUUAAAUCUUUUGUUUUCGUCUUUUUUUUUCAACUAGUCAAACCGUUAGAUGUUUUCAUUCAAUAAAAGAUAACGAGUUUGAAGUACCCUUACGAUCUUACACUAACUAUUGUUACAGGAGCUGUUUGGUUCUCAAGGAGUUCAGGUGUUAGUUGAGUAUCUAAAGAGAGAUCCUGACAAGAUUAACAGUCCCUUAGGACAUCAUCAGCUUCUUCUCUCUGCGGUGGACUGCGUCUGGUGAGAAGCUGAAAGUAUUAUACUGAUAGUUUUUAGUUUGUCUGAAUAUUUUUUCAUCCAUAAGCCAUGUUUAUUUUAAAAAACUCUUACAGCUCAUACAGUCAAAGACAACCCAUUUACUUAUACGGAAGAAAACAAACUUUUCAUGAUAGCAUUUGACCUAAUCUUUAAAACUUUCUAAUCGUAGUUAACGAACGACUUCGUGGACAACCCUUUCCAAGCCAUUAUUUGAUUUUAAAAGCCACUCGAUAUUGCCUCGUCAUCUUCAGCAUGUUUCAUGCAUCAGCGUCACUUUAUACCUUCAAGAAGGAAGCACCGUUUCUAACAUGAUUUUUGUGGUUCGAAUUUUUCUUUCGUUGAAAACUUGUUAAACAAGUUUAAUUCCUCUUUUUCUUUCUCCCAGAUUAUGGCAUUAGAUGUGAGACAGGAAAAUAAAAACUAAAAUGGCUUGAAAAAUUUCGAACCUGUGCAACAUGAUCAUUGAGAUUCGCCUACAGCUGGUUUACUCCUUGUGUUCUUAUAUAUCGUAACUAUUGUUUUCCUUCAGGUCUGCGUUACUGGGAUGCUAUUUGACCGAACAGCUCUUCCUUGAGAACGAUGGAAUAUUCCAUCUUAUGGAUUUAUUGGAGGUCAUUAUUGAGAAAGUUUGUUUGUUGUCAUAAGACUAGCCAGGUGCUUCGUGAACGUUUUCCAACUUUUGACGACAGAAAAGCAUGGUUUAAAAGCCUGUCAUUAAUCUCACGCUAAAAUUCCUCGCGCGCGUUUAAAACACUUGUAAAAUGUCCUUAUUUAGGAUCUUGCAAGUUAUGAAUGUAGAUGAAGAUGAAAACGUCUGUCUCUGAGAUUGCGUGUUUGUUACACGGGACGAUUCGCAACGACGAUUUUUAGCGCAACAAGAAUUCGCAAUGUGGGAACAAUGUUGCGACCAUCUGAGACAAUAUCUCAACAAUGUUGUAAUGCUUUGUUGCGCUAAAAAUCGUCGUUGCAUAUCGCUCCGUGUACCAUCACCUUUAAAAUUGCGAUAGCUUUGUAACUAAAUACAUGCACAAUAAUUACUGAUUCCACAGCCACUCUGUGAAAAAUCACUUUGCCAACACGCCGAUUGGAACAAAAAUGCGAUGUUUGCAAUGCAACAUGCAACAUGCAACAUGUAAUUUUCAUUUUCUGAGACUUUUGUCAAAAAUAAUCACAGGCCAUCCGCAAUAGGGAAGUGUUCUGAAAGCUGAAGUUAUGUACAGGUUUUUAAUCCGUUUAUUAAAGACGUUUUAAAAUUUAAAUCAAGAUUCAUUUAGUAUAUAUCUUUGUUUACAGAUCUGUCCUCUCACAAUGCAAAACUUGGUGUUAGGCUGCCUGGUAGAUCUAUGUGAAAAUGUUAAGGUAACUGAAUUAACUCCUUAGUUUGGCCAAUUGAAUGAUUGAUCGAAAGACGUUAAAGCUGUUACAAGGUCCUUUUUUUCUUAGUGGUUAAAAGCUUUAAAAAUCUUUACACGGCUUUACUUCCAAAUUAAGGAAACACAAAUCUUGAAUUAUACCAACGGUCUUAAUGUGCGACUUGAAAUUGCGCAACUGUAGGAAUCUCCUUGUUAAAGUAACCAUCAUGUAAAGUUGGAACGAAAAGUAAAUUUAAUCUCGCGUUUUCAAUUAUCCUGAGGUUUUGUUCUUUUGUGCCAAAAAAGUAUCUUUUUUGUGGACUGGUAAUUAUAUUCCGUUCAGGACCUGUUUUAAAGAGCAUACCUACGUUCUUUGAAUUUUUCCAGGCCCUCGCGCAUGUGCAGUCGUGGAGAGGGAAGAAGCAGAUUUCAGCUGGAAAACUGUUGGUGGAAUUAUGGAAAAACGAGGAGUCUAACAUGGGCGUAACGAGAGACAAAACUGGAAAAAUGGCCGGUAAAUACUAUUUGUUAUUUUGAUGAACUUGUCUUAACUUCAGUUGAGUGAUUAUCUAGCCUGCGAAUACAGCCGUCUCUCUCCUCGCUGCACAUUCCUCGCUCCUCGCAUCAAGGGAGUUUUAGCGCGUCGAGGAGCGAGAAGCGAGGAGAGAGGGAUUUAUUCACAGGCAAGUUAACAGGGCUACUGAUCUGACACUUUCUAAACCGGAGAGAGAGUUUCUAAAAAGAAGUUUUGAAUUUAGCGGUGCUAUGCUUUGGGACCAACUCUCGAAUGAAGCAAAACUCGCCGAGUCACUCCCAUCAUUCAAGAAGUUUAUUAGAAUGUAAUUGGGUCUAGCUAAGCUGUAUAUUUUAUAGAAGUCAAUUAAUUCAGGUUUAUCCUUCUUUCUAUAACAUAGUAUUAGACGUUAUUGUAGUUUAAUACUGUAAUAUACGGCUUUUAAAUGUAAACGCGCCCUCCAUGAAAACCAGCCGAUUGUUGUUGGGGCUAGCGUGUUUCUCGUCUGAUUUGAAUUUUUACCUAGCUAGUACCUACCUACCCCACAGUCAAACUUACCGCCACCUCAGGGAAGACUAAAGUGGCCGUUGUGGAGAAAUACCGGUUUUAAGAGUUUAAAACAAGAGGGAAUGUAAUGGCCGUAGCCAGAAAAGUGGCCGUUGUAAAGAGAUUGUCGUUAGUAGAGGUAACACCAUAGUGAAUAUGAAAACCAAUUUUUGCAUGCAUUGCAGACCUACAGCGGCCUCUCAUGGGAACAGUACAGGAACGCCAAGGUGUCAUCCCGCUACCCGCUGACCGGCCAAGUCAGGCCAUCGUGGAUGUGUCUGAAAACAUGAGAGCCAAAAUCUACUCCAUGUUUUGUAAACUGGGUAGGUAACAGUUUAAUCAAAAACGUUAUUUACUAUCACUACAGUAAGAGACAACACUUAUAAACCAGCAACCAGUUCGAAAUAACAGGAAAAUCAAGGAGGCCAUCCAUUUUAGACCCCUGCGUCCAACCCUGGUUAUGAACUUCCCGCGAUUCUUAAUCAUUCGUUGUUACGUGACUAAUUCACGCGACAACAAUGAGCGUUUAUUGCUGGUGAAGACUGUGCGAUACAGUCGAAAGCUCAUAGCUACCGUACUAAAAAAAAUCUGAGACCUUUUGAGACUAGAAUUUAUUUUCCAAACCUGCUUGUCUUGCUUUAUCUCACGUUUUCUUUUCUUUUCUUUUUUUCAGGUUUUAAUGCGAUUCCUGGUUUAUCAACCGUGGAUUAUGUGACCGUUGCCGUGAUUGAGAAAUACCUCGAUUUUAAGGUGAAAACAGAAUUGCUCAAUUGAGUACCUUAAAGAUAAUGUUACACAGAACGAUUGACGAUUCGCAACGACGAUGUUUAGCGCAACACGGCGUAGCAAUGUUGGAUCAAUGUUGUAACUAACGCAGUGUCACAACAUUGUUGCAACGUUGUAUUGCACUAAAAAUCGUCGUCGCAAAUCGUCCCGUGUAAUAUCACCUUAAAGGGACUUUGCAGUCACGACUGUCUAGUUUAUUUGUUAAUAAUGCCAAGUACUCGUCCCUAUUCAGUUGCUAUAAAAACAGAGAAACUACUAGUGAAUGGCAAAAUCACAGCCUGUGUCAAACAAACAUGUCUCGCGAGCAUUUUUUCAACCGUUACAAACAAAUAAGAAGAACUUUUGAAAACUUUUUGUUGGCGGUUUUGUUGGGAGCGUGCGCGCGAACGCGCGAGAAAACAGCGAGGAAAGUAGCUGCGAAACAGUCCGCGGGAGCGGUCAAACAACCUCGCCGAUUAUUCGCGCUUACCUUCCUUAACAAGAGAGUCAGCUAGGCAGGCUAUAGUCCAAUGAAAAAUAACCAAAUAAUUUUCGAUUGUAUUGUGUCUAGAUGUUAGAAGUAUGGAAGGAGAUUAAAAUGGAACUGGAGCUAGAGAACAUCAGACCUGUUUCUCCAGACGCCGACUCCAUGAACGAGAUCACUAAAAUACUCAACGAUAGAGCUGCUGGAGUGUCAGCCACUCAGGUUAGUUAUCUUCAGGGAGGGGAGACUGGAGAUGUAAAUGGCAAAAACUAAAGGGGAGGGAGGAGAGACUCGGGCUAACUGUGGAUACGAUGCUAGGACAAGAUUCAUAAAGCCCUGGCCCGUAGUUACGAUAUGUUCAUAUUAUUGUUUCUUAGCAUUAGGUAAUUGUUAUGAAACAGUUGUUAUGGCAUUUCUUAAAUUUCACACAGAAUUUUUGACUAGCUUCUAGCAAGCGUCACACUGAAGUCAGAUAGUAUCAAAAGAAAGAACUACUGAAAGGUGUUCAUAUAGUCACCCGCAGGAUUCGUUUACCAACGACUGUGUGUAUGUUGUGAGACCACAAACAAUGAGGUUACCUUUGGCCAAUGAGAGCAAAGGACCCAGACACCCAACCAAUCCGGGAAAACAUGCUGUAGGUUCCGAGCGCGGGAAUGCUUGUGAGCAAAUCACGAAUCACGUGGUUUGGGUUUUCUUUCUUGAAUCCGGGCCACGUUGGUGGGAGGCGAGAGAUUUCACCACUGCGUAAUCCUUGCUCCCCACUUUCAGAUUUUGUGAGCGUAGUGCGACCAGCUCAGUUUUUGCUGAGUUAUAACAGAAACUCGUAAGUGGCUUCUGGGUACACUUUGUAAAUGUGUUUGUUUUACGUUGUUCAGGAUCAGCUGUUACAAGCGCAGCGAAAUCAGGACCUUAUUGAAGAAGAGGAAUAUUAUGAUUCGGUAAGUGUUAAAAUCGCCUAUUCUGCUCGAAACACUGCCGUUAGAAUUUAUCCAAGCCUAAUGUAAUUCUUUCCGCAUGUGUUCUCGGUUAAUUUUUUUACUGCAUUCCUCUUUGCUUUCAGUUGAUUCUGAUCUCAUCUGCCCUCCUGUUAAAUAUAGUGAUAAUUUUAUUUUCAGAUAAAAGAGAACCACCGCCAGGAAGAAAAAGCGCUCAACGAUUUCUCCGAUUAUGUCAAUCGAACGUCUGACUACACAGUUCUCAGGGUGGGUGAUUGUUUGAGAAGUCUUGUUAUCGGAUUGAUUGUUUCCUUUACUGCUUAGGUUCAAUACUGACAGUAUAAAGCAAGCCAACCCCCGCACUUACCUCUCCUCCCGGUUAUAGCCCCAUCUAUCCGUAAACAAAUAAAUACUUCCGAUUAUAAGCCCCCCUGCACCCGCCCUCGAUAUAAGCCCCCUCUAGCUUGUAAUUGAAAUGAAUUCGAUAUAUUAUGAAGUUUUGAAGCAUAAAUAUAAACCAGUAACUACAAAACAUUUUUCGAUCAGCACUGCUAUUUCUUGUUUCGAAGCGCUUUUCCUCUCCUGUUUGUAAGCCCCCGCGGAUAUAAGGCCCUCCGUUUAUCAGCCCUCAAGAUCAGGGUUUAUUAGCGGCAGAUUAGGGUAGUCGAGUGAGGUAUUUCCUUUUUUGGAACACUUACAAUAAUCACAAUGCUUGUUUUGUAAACUGUCCGUAGGCUGCGAAGAGAAAACAGCUGAGCGCCAUAGAAGCGUCCAGGCUCGAUCAUAGUGAUCAUUCCAAGUAAGUUUUCCGCUAUUUGACUGUUUGUGUCACUGAUGUUCUGUUGGAAACAACUUGUAGAGAUCUAUCGAUUUGGGUUCGAACAACACUGUGAGAAAAAAAUGCAUUUUAUUUGAGCGUCAAUGUAUUUAGCACGAAAGUACUUAUUGGGGACACUUUUUACGUCUCCAACUAGAGACUGGACCGCCAGUUUACUUGGUCAUCCGAGCCACGCGAAGGUCUAGCCGCUUGCACUGUAAAGGAGUACCUUCAUUUCUCAGUUAUUUCAAGGCCCUGGGUAUAGGUCCGGGAAUCGAACCCGCUCUGCAGUCAAGCGCUCUACCGACUGAGCUAAUCCUGCCGGGAAGUGACGGAAAUAACUGUGUCGUCCCCAGGCUCUACUCUCUUGCAGUGGACAAAGAACGUAGGGUGUCAUGGGAAGAUGAAAAACAAUGCAUGCAAUAAUACCCAUGAUACCAUGCGCGACGGGUAAAAGCAAGGAGUGUGGCCUGGCAGAGACGCAGUUCUCAGGAAAAAAGAGAGUCUCUGGAGGCGAAGCGGCAAAGAGAAGGUCCAGAGUCCUACUCUGCCUGUAAAUGAAAUUACACGCAUCGCUUACUUUUUGGGAGUAUAUUUUGUCUUGAACACUUAAAAUUUCUGCGUCGAAAUUUCUGUCCCUGAAAAAAACUAUUUCAGCUGUUUGGUAAAGAUUCACAGAAGAGUCGAAGGCUUAAAUAAACUUGCCUUUUUGGCAUGUCUAAUGAUUUUUCGUUUUCUUUAAUUUUCAGAGAAAUUACGCAUGACACAUUACAAGAAGACCUUAACACGACUGUAAGUAAUCGCAAAGGAAAAACGUUACUGGAAAAAGUUCAAUAGUUGACAAUUUUUUUUUAUCGAACGUUAAGUUCUUGCUACUCUGUCUCUCAAAUCUCAGCUCUCCGUUAAAAGUUCUUUUUUUUCAGCUCAAUUCGUUUAACAGCUACCCACUUAGCAGCGUCCGUAUUUUUCCGUGAUGCCAAAGUAUUGUAAAACUCUGUUCGGUAUCAGUUUGUCUACAUACUAAAUAGCUGAAAUACUGCCUUGUACAGCAGAAAAGUGCACCACAUGAUCAUACUGCUCACCAGCUCAGUUUCAUUUGAAUAGGUACAUUUCAGGAUUUCAUUCACAGACUCAAAAGUUAGAACCUCGUUGAACAGCAUAAUACUGAAACAGCACCCCAGAACCCAGAAAACUAGUGUUCAAUAGUUUUCUUUUGAAUGGUCACACGUGAGGGUUUCGUUCACAGACUUAAAAGACUCUGCAACAUAACGGAAGGACACCUUCCCAAACUUAGAAGUCGGUAGCACAAAAACGAAUUGUAACGAUAAGACCACAGUAGAGGGUAUCAAGUCAUAAAGCAAAGCAACUCCUAAAAAAUAUAAUUUUAUGCUUGUGUUUAGACCUUCUGUGGUAGACGCGUAGAGAUCGAAAGCACGCCACUUGAAAUAACCAGAGCAUUCAUGGACAUGACAGUAAGCGACGAGGACAAAAAGGCGCUUGUUGUAACGGUAGGUACCUCAGCAUUGAAGUUUUGGUCUUCGAUCCCUCUCAUCAUAAAGUGAAAUAGGUUUUCACGUGAGCAGUGGGCGUGAUGUAAGACUCCCGCGAGUUAACCCGCAAGUGAAUGCUGUGGUUUGGUGCAUGCGCACGUGAAUAAAACAAAUGCCCCCACUUUUCUUUGUGUUAGGGGCUGUUUACAUGGAGGGUGAAAGAUCCUAGAAUGCGGAACAUCUUUUCAUUGGGUUUACAUGCAAAAAUUUCGGUCCGUAUGGUUACAAGCGAAGAUUACCCACUGAACGACCGAACGACCCGCCGCCAUCUCUGUCUGGUGUGUCCCUGGUACUAGGAUCUUCCUACUUGUCACCUAGGAAGAUCCUAGCGCUAGGGACAAGUACAACCUUUUGCAUGUAAACUGAAUAUAGAAACCAUAUAGCGCUAGGGUGAUCCGCCUUCCAGGAUCUUCCUCCCUCCAGCCCGUUAGAAUAGUUUGAAGUUGGAGUUUUUAAAGGCAGUAACAAUUUUCUUUCUCUGUUGCAGUAAUUGAAAGCAGAGUCAUUUCACCGAUGGAGAUUACUUGCAUGUAAAGGAAAUUGCGGGGCAAGCAUGUAUUCCAUACUUGUACAUAUUCAUGCGACAAAUGUAUAUUGUAAAUAGUAGUUUGAGUCGUUUCUUGUGGAAUGCCAAGAUUUUAGUGCUUUGUUUGCAAGCCGUGUGUACAUAUCGAUCCAUUUUACUACACCCUCCAUUAGCUAUUAAAUCUGCACGGGAAAUUUUGCUAUAAGCCUCACAUAGACACGUUUUGUAUUGUUGUGUAUAUUGUACAAAUUAAAACUAAACAGUAAACUACGCAUUGUUUGAAUUGUUCAUUUGUUUUUUGUCUGGAGCAUAAGUACAUGGCCUCACGCGGCCUGUUAAUUAACAUAACUCUUGUAAAUUCACAAAGCAUGAUCUAUUAAUCUUAGUUCUGUUUCUUUUUGAACCUCCCUAAAGCGGACACUCAAGAGUUAGUCGCUGUUGUUUUUCACAGCCAUUUUCUUUGACCCUCUUUUAGAAAGACACCGAUUCUUGUAGCCUGUGUUCCUUCAGGUGUUCCUAGCGCAGUGCACUCUGAAAGAAAUUCCAGCUUCAAAUUGAGAAAUUUGUUCCAUAGUUCGAAGCUUGAACCUUAAUAGAAGAGGAACCUUUUCAAUUAACAUGAGAGACCUCCGUUCAAAAGUUGGGAUAGCGCUAUCCACCACUAUCCAAUGGGAAAGUGAAGUCGAGCCUAGCUCCACUAACGGCCACUUUUUUGGCGGACAGUCUAUACAUUGACUUUUUUUGAAACCUCUCUACAACGGCCAUCUCUCACAAUGGCCAAGGUGACCGUUGUGUAGAAGCUCAACUGUAUUAUACGAAAACCCUAAUUUAUCCUGCUGUCAGAUAGCGCUAUCCACCUUUUAGAAAACCUCUGCAGUCCACUCCAGUGGGCAAACACAAUUACAAGAUAGAAGUGCAGGCUUGGGAGGAUAUUUUUUUAUUACUAAUCAAUGGUAUUUUGUCAUCCUAAGCCUGUGAUGCGUCGGUGUCUUUAGAGACGUUAACCUUCACGUUUACGUCAAACGGCAAAAGCGAAUCUGUACCACGUGACCAAGUUUCUCAUUUACUUGUCGUCUACUGUUCAUUAUUUCUACACAUAAUUAGUAGUUUCACGCAAUUUUUUAUCCAUAAGAAUUGUUUUGAGCAGUUUUUAUCUGCUUAUUUUCUAUUUUGAGAUUCUCAACUUGAAUCUGACGUUUACCGUUUACCGUAUACGUGAAGCUUAAACUCUCUUUCGUCACAGGAUUGCGGGAACGGCCUACUGGUAAUAUCUUUUUGAAGUACUGUUAGCUUUGUGCGUACACAUGUCGAUCUGUCAGAGCCGAGCUCCGAAAGAUGUGAGCCGAAUCGCAAAUAUUGACACCCUAUAUUUUGCUUUGAUUCACUCUUUUGUAAAUGAAUAUUAAACAGGACACGUUCCUGCACAAAUCUCCUUGAUAUGAUGAAGUUGAUUUUGUGUAAAACUGGGUAAAACUGUAAAACCAAGUCAAAAAUCGAAUUUUUCCUUCUUCGUUUUCUUUUUUAUUCCUAAAAAACCCUACAGUUAUCCAGUCUCAAUUUCCACUUUCAUCUUUCAACAGAAACCCCGUACGAGUUUUUGCUCUCUCUCAAUUUGUUUUUUUUUGCUUUCUUUUCAUUUGCAAGCCGUAAAAUAGCGGUGGCCAUAACAACGGAUCCUAUCUGACGGAACUUGCUUUUCAGAUUUGUAGCAAGCAUCCCGUCCCUCGGGUGUUGCUGUCUUACUGAACCCAUCUUUGGAGUAAUUAGCUGGGGUUUAGCGGGACUGUCAGCUAAUACAGGAAGUUGUAGCCGGUCCCUCGUCUUUUCCUCUUCCUCACUGGCCUGUCGUGAAAUUCGCUUUUUUUCUUGAUUUAACUUGUUUUCAUACGGUUGUCCUGUAAAGGAGAUUUUGUUUGGACUUGCGCCACGAGUACCAUGAUCUUUAUGUUGACUUUUAAGAGUAAGUCCUUGCACGAAAUUUGCUUUUUGACCGUUUGCGCUCAAUGUAGGCUUGGAUCCUUUACGACUUUGAAGUGAAGUAUCUUCUCUUCCCCGUGGCUUUAGAGAUUGCUUACACUCUGCUACAGCGCGCACGCCUUCCAGGAAUGAAGGAAUAG